AUGCCCUUAGCAGGUCUCUUCCCACUGGGGAUGAAGAGCUGCCAAAAAAACCAUUUCUUCUGCAGUGAAGUGAACGAAUGGCUUGAGCUCCCAAAUUUGAUAAAGCCACCAAGUGCAAUUAGUGGCGGAAGGAAAACCAAGGCUCUUGGAUCGUCUGAUCACCUGGAGGAGAAAGAAACCACCCAUUCCUCGGUAGCUACAGACAGAGAGAGUGCAGAGCUCCAUUCUGAAUUUAACAGCUUUGCAAGUCUUGUGCUUUGGCCGGCGCUAAAUCCAACUGGAAUGUACCAGUCUUUAAGAGGGAAAGAGCCUGCGUGGUUCUACAGUCAGUCUCUCAAAAUGGGUUGCAUGAUGAGAGUGUGGCUUUCUGACUUACUGAGGAAAUUUCACUUCAGGUUUGGAAGUUGGCCGAUCUCAAGCUACCAGAACAUUGGAGUUUAUAGUGAAUCACUCUGUUGUUCUAUGGAAAAACAAUCCACUAAAAUCUAUGGAAUGAUUCAAACAUUUUUUGCCUCUCCCCUGCAAAUGCUUGGUGCUAAGGCCAUGGAAGUGCAUGGUUAUAUAUCCAAAGUGUUGAAGAACUACACAGAACAUGCCUGCGAUGGGGAAUACACCUCUCUGAGGUGUCCUCACAGAACCACUAUUAGCAUCCAGUCUUCCUUUUACGGCCGAAAUCUCCCCAGCCACCAGAUGUGCCCGUCCAGAUACCCGCAGCACUACGCCACCGCUUUCAAGGAGGAUGUUUCCUGUGCCGUCAGCACAUCCCUCCAGAAGAUGUUGGACGAGUGCCAGGACCGGAGGACCUGCCAGUUUCUCGUCAACAGCCGCCGGUUUGGGGCGGACCCCUGCCCCAGAACCAGCAAGUAUCUCGUCGUCUGGUACAAGUGCAGACCCAAUGAAUACAAGAGUAAAGUAGCCUGCGAAAAUGACAAGCUGAGAUUGAGUUGCAAGAGGAGCAUGGUGAUCGCCAUCUACUCGGCUGUCUUUGGCAGAACCCAAGGAGGUAGCCUGGAGUGCCCCUAUCAGAAUCUGGCCAUGCCCACGAUAGAGUGCCAGUCCACGUCCGCGCUCCAGCUCAUGACUCGACGCUGCCACGGGAGAAGAAGCUGCAGUGUGUACGCCAGCACGUACGAGUUCGGAGACCCGUGUUACCCGGGAAUCCGCAAGCACCUCAACGUGAUCUACACGUGCGUGCCCAAGAAGCUCCUGCAUGAGAGCCAGGCAAGGCCAACCAAAUUCCAAGAUCUUCACUCCCCACCUCAUCUUCCUGGACAGCCGCGAGCUCAAGAUCCCAACGUCAUCAGGGAUGGUGUGUUCUUUGCGGACGCCUCUCCGUUUCUGAUUGAGUCCAUCCUGCCAGAGAAGAAGAAAGGGAGGUCGGCGGCCUUUGACCCAGAAGACCCACUCCCCGUGCCUUUUCCCGUGGACGAGAGAGCGCGGCCCAGUCUGAACGGCAGCAUGGAGCCCAUGGGCGUGAGCACCGAGAUGGCUCUGUUCAGCAACAUUCUGGCCGCCUAUUCAUUUAUCACAGAAAAUCCGGAGCGCGCAGCUCUGUACUUCGUCUCCGGCGUGUGCAUCGGCCUCGUCCUCACCUUGGCCGCCCUGGUCCUGAGGGUCUCCUGCCGCGCCGACUGCCGGCCGCCCCUGCCCAAGAAGGGGCCCCAGGCGGAGCGUGAGGGCGGCGGAGGGGAGAGCAGCGACAGCGAGGACGGGGGCUCGGACACCACGUCGGACCUGUCGGCUCGGCGCCACCGGCGCUUCGAGCGGACGCUCAACACUAACGUCUUCACGUCGGCCGAGGAGCUGGAGCGGGCCCAGAGGCUGGAGGAGCGGGAGCGCAUCAUCCGGGAGAUCUGGAUGAACGGGCAGCCCGACGUCCCGGGCACCCGCAGCCUCAACCGCUAUUACUGAGUGGCCCCCGAGGGGACGGGGAUGAGGCCAGAGCUGUCCGCUUCCCCUCCUCUCCCAGGCCCUUCUCCAGAAGGCCGUCCUGAGGACAGAGGGGCCUACAAGCUCUGGAGGAACUACCUUCCUCGGUACCUCUGCCGAUUUCCCAGUUUCCAUCUUUCUCUGCUCUGGCCCUGCAGCAGAAACAGAUGGGAUGUGUGGCGUGAGUAUGUGCGAGAGAGAGAGACCGAAAGAGUGUGUGUGAGCAUGUAGGGGACGUCCACAGCUCAUCAGAUCUGCCGAGGCUGAGCCUCUCCCGGUAGCGGACCAAAGAAAGCAAGACGGCGGCCGGACCAGAGUACAGAGUGGUGAUCCGUGGGAUGCCACUCGCCGGCUGUUGGACUUCCCUUUUGCCCAGGAGACGAUGGCCUCGAGGGGACAGUGGGGACCGGGAAAACGGAGGGACCCAACGUGACCUCUGCCGUGACUUUAGAAGCCACGCGAUGACCCCCAUAAAACGUGACUGACUGUCGAGAACAACCGGAUUCUCCUCCACAAAAUCACCUUGGUGCUCAGACAUUAGACGGCCAACUGCAUUAUUUAAGACUGGAUUUUACUCUUGCUCUCCAGUGGCAACAGGUAUUUGUUUCUUUAACUGACACCUCAGGGACAAAAAUCCUAUUAAUUAUUAUUAUUAUUAUGAAUAUAUUUCCCAUCCCUGAAGAACCAUGCAAUUCCUCUAUUAUAGGAGAUGUCAGUGACCUGUAUGAUAUUAACAGCCUCAAAGAGGCUGAAGGGUUUUUUAAGUUUAAAUAUAUAUGGAAAAAGUAUAUAU